AUGGAGGUGUGUCUUGAGCGAAACCAAGAGUUUCGGAUUGAGGUGGGAGAAGGGCAGAGGCUGAAGGUGAUGGUGAUGAGUGGGCUUGCAGAGGUGAAGGGGCAAGAGCUGCUGAACGAGAGGUGGUAUACAUUCAACAACACGAGGACGUUUGUGUUUACGUUUUCAGGAUGCAAGCUGAAGGUUGAUGGAGUGUGUGAUUUGCAGUAUGUUUCUGAUGUGACGAAUGUUCCGUCGAUAUUCAACAUAGUGCGGUUUUUUGCAAGCAGGGGGUUUGAGUAUGGGAAGAUGCGGACGUUUAUGGUGGUUGGGAAUGGCAGGAGCACGUUCUGUUUUACUCUGAUUAAUUUCUUUGUACGGCUUGGAAAGAAGGUGUUGUUUACUGAGAUUGAUCCUGCCAAGGGGAAUGUAUUUCCUGGGGCGCUUAGCACGAUGCAUGUUGAUACGCUGAUUGAUUGCGUAGAGGGGCUGAGGCUGACGAACCCGCUGUCGUUUUACUAUGGAUCGACAGAGAUAGGAAACAUGGAUCUGUAUGAUGCUCAGACUAUGCGGCUGCAGGAGGCAAUACAAGCGAAGGGCGUGAAUGAUUUCCAUCUGAUACUUUGUCCCGAAGGCACUUCGAUGUUUUACGACGCAUUAAUAAAGAGAUUUGAGGUUGAUAGAGUUGUUGUAGUGGGAGACGAAAGGAUGUACCAUUCGAUGAAGGUGAUUGCAGAGAAGAUGAUGAUACGUAGGAGUGGGUAUGUUGAGGAGAAGGAUGUUGGAAGAAGCAUAUCGAGGUAUUUUAAGGGAGUCAAUGGGGAGUAUACGCCGUUUUCGUUCAAUGUGAAGUAUAAGUGGAAAGUUGUGAGGGUUGGAGAGAUGUAUGUUGCGCCGAUGAGUGCGUUACCGCUUGGAACGUCGAGGAAGGUUGGAUGUGUGGAAGCAAGCGAAGUGGAGGUCGUUGAGGGAUCGGUGCUGGGGAUAUCUGAGGCGAAGAGCAUUGAGGAAGUGGCGAGGCUGCCUGUUGUAGGAUAUGUUGUGGUGAUUGAUCGCAACACAUUUAAGAUUCUAUGCACACAGCCUAGGCUUCCGAAGUACACAUUUUUUGUGCAAGGAGACAUGCGCCAUGUUGAGUAUUGA